CGGAAGCGUCGACUGCCUAUAAAUAAUGGUGUCCUGCCCGUAACGUCCAUUGCUCAGUAGUUUCCGAGAACUCCAAUUGACGUCAACGGCCAUAGCUUGCAACUGAGAGUGAUUGUGUCGUGUGAAAGUCCAAGGAUUGAAGAAUGGAGAAGGAGCUGGAAUUGGAAUGGAGAGAAGCUCAGAGCAUUGAGAUAAAUGUUGACCUUGUCGCUGCAGCCAAAAGCCAGCUCAAGUUUCUUACGGUUGUUGAUAGGAACCGUUGGCUCUACGAAGGUCCAGGUCUAGAUAAGGCCAUUUACAGGUAUAAUGCAUUUUGGCUUCCCUUGUUGGCAAAAUUUUCCGAGUCGACACUAUGUGAAGGUCCAUUGGUUGUCCCUUUGGAUUGUGAAUGGAUUUGGCAUUGUCACCGGCUCAAUCCGGUUAGAUAUAAGAAAGACUGCGAGGAGUUGUAUGGAAGAAUUCUUGACAAUAAGAAUGUUGUCUCAUCUUUGAAAGGAACUUCCCGACGGGCAACUGAAGAAGCUUGGAAAUCUUUAUAUCCAGAUGAGCCCUAUGAAUUGGAUUUCACAAAUGAUCUUCAUUAUAACACUGGAAAAAUUGUAAAUGGGGAAAAAUGGACAAGCUAUGAUCUGGUCUCAGCUGUUAAGAGGCAAAGUCCGUUCUUUUAUCAGGUUUCUAGACUGCAUAUGAAUGAUACUCGCUACAUUGAAGGAGCAGUGGCAAGGUACAAAGGAUUCCUGCACUUAAUCAAGAGAAAGAUCGAAAAAUCCAUAAAAAGCUUCUCGGUUCCAACUUACGACAUUGAUCUCAUCUGGCACACACACCAGUUACAUCCAGUUUCCUAUUGCAAUGACCUUUUAAACAUAAUGGGAAAGGUCUUAGAACAUGAUGACAAUGAUUCUGACCGAAGCAAGGGGCAGAAACUAGAUGUCGGAUUCUCUGAAACUACCAAGACAUUUGAGGAGAUGUAUGGAUCUCGAUAUUGGAGGGCUGGAGCAAUGUACAGAGGUACUGCCCCUUCACCUGUUAGAACCACUCCUUACACUGGCAUUGUUUCCGAGAAGGUUCCAGCUUCAAAUGACAUCCCAAACAUAGCCCCCCCAGCAGCACAGGUUUUUGAGGUCAUGUUGGAGAUCGUUGGCGUAAGGAAUGUUCCAGAGGGUCACAAGGGAAGCUUAUUCGUGUCCUUCAGUAAAACACAGCCGGAUUCGAUCUUCGAUGCAAAACGAAGCCUCACAAUUUUAUCAGAAGCUGGUGAGAAACAAGUGGCUUCCUUCCGGUGUCAGCCUACUGGGGAUCUGCUCCUCGAACUCGUGUCCUUUGUUUCGAGCUUUCCACUCUCGAAGUCGUCGAAAACAAUUGGAACAGCUUCUAUUUCUCUGGAAGAUUUCCUGUUCCCGGACUCUGAUCUUAUGGUGGAGAAAUGGUUGGAUUUGGAACCAAGUUCUACUAACAUAAUGGUAACCAAACCAAUUGGAUUACGAGUUGCCGUAUCUGUUACAGUACCUUCCCCGGCACCGUAUGCACUUCACAUGACUCGGAGUCAGCCUUUUAUGAAAAAUUCUUGCAUGUUUCCGCUUCCUGUCAAGGUUCAGUUCAGUAAAAGUUGGACGAGCAUCAUCGAUGAUGACGGGAAUUCAGUCUUAAGCCUACAGAUGAGAGAUUUGAAAAGGUUGAAUGGCGGAAAAGAAAGUAGAAGAAGAGCAGUGGUUGGCGUGGCGGAGUCGAAGGAAACAUAUACCUUGGCCGAGUGGGGGGAGUCCGAAUUGCUGCUGGUAAAUUCACCAUGGUCGAUCAAGCUUCAAGACACGAACACUGAUGACGGUCACCUCUUGGAGCUGACGGGUCCUCGUACUGUGAGACUCUUUGGUGGCGGAAGGCUAGAUUACGAGGUAAGGCGAUGCGAGAAACAUAAAGGCGAGAAUAAGGCCGAGGCUCACCUGAUUACGGCUGUAGAAUUCUCCGGCAAAGAGCCGUAUGGAAGGGCUGUGGCAUUACUGGACUUAAAGAAUGGCACUGUGAAGGUUAAAGAAGAAUGGUUCCUUAUGCCUGCAAUGAUACUUGCAUUCAUACUGAGUGAUAUAGCGAAGAAGGCUGGUUAUGAUAGCCGGAUUGUAGGUUUCCGGCGGAAGGCGCAGAACGGCGAGAAGAAUGAGAAAGCUGCUGAUCUACCGGAAGUGGAGGGCAACAUGGUGAAAUCCGGUGGUUGUGGAGGUGGCGGUGGCGGUGGAUGUGGUGAUAUGGCGAAAUCGGGUGGUUGUGGCGGGAGUGGAGGAUGUGGCGGUGGAUGUGGUGGCAUGGCGAAAUCGGGUGGUUGUGGCGGGAGUGGAGGAUGUGGCGGUGGAUGUGGUGACAAGGCGAAAUCCGGUGGUUGUGGCGCGAGUGGAGGAUGUGGCGGUGGAUGUGGUGACAUGGCGAAAUCCGGUGGUUGUGGCGGGAGUGGAGGAUGUGGCGGCGGAUGUGGUGAUAUGGCGAAAUCUGGUGGUUGUGGCGGGAGUGGAGGAUGUGGCGGUGGAUGUGGUGAUAUGGCGAAAUCUGGUGGUUGUGGCGGGAGUGGAGGAUGUGGCGGUGGAUGUGGUGAUAUGGCGAAAUCCGGUGGUUGUGGCGGGAGGUGCAUGGACAAAGGUGACAGUGGCUGCGGUGGUGCAAUCUCCGGCUAAGUGAUGAAGGCAGUAAAAGAGAUAGCUGCUGCCGAGUAGAUGAUUGUCUGCUCAGUCUCUCUAGCUCUCUCUCUCGGGAUGUUUACCAGUAUUUCUUUAACCAGUUCAAGUAUGCAUAUGGAGAUGUGUGUAUUUAUGUAUUAUUAUUAUUAUUAUUAUUAUUAUUAUGUAUUAAAGCUGUAA